CACAGAGUCACAGUGGCCGCGCUCUGGAGCCCCUCUCUGAGCAAGGGUUGGUCAGUGUUCUCUCCAGACCUUCCUGGCCGCCAAGAGCCAGGCCGAAGGGGGCCAUGGAGGGAGAGGAGAAGGAGCAACAGCAUAAACUAGAAGAUGCUGGUAUAGCAGGCAUAACUGAAAAAAAAGAAGAAAUCAAACCUGAAAAAAGUCCUGGAAAAAGCACACAACACUCAAAACCAUGUGUGGACAGAAGACGUGUCAAUUACGCCAAGUUCAUUCACACAAAUGCAAGGACGUACAACGAGCCAGUUCCCUACAUUGACAGCAAAGGGCCGGCGAAGCAGAGAAAAUGGUGGUUCCACAGUGAAAUGAAAGAACCUGUCUCCCAGCCACCUUAUGACACCAAGAGCACCCAGAGAAGUGAUUUUCAAACGCCAGCUUGCCCGCUGGUUUUGCCAGUCAGACACAACAGGAUGCGAAAGCCUUCUUGUGGAAUAGUUCCGCUUACGUGUCUGAGUUCAUCAGAACAUGAAAACAAUUUCGUAGAAUACAUCUCCUUUAUUCAUCAAUAUGAUUCCAGGAAAAGUCCCAAUGAGCCCAUCCGGGGAAAGAGACACGGAACCUUUGUGCAGAGAGAGAUAAAGCCACGGACUCUGCCGAUAGUUCCCAAGGGACCAGAGGUACUACCGAACGCUCUAGGGUCAUGUUCAUCAGAACAGCCCCCAAAAACAGAAAAAGGAAACUCGUCAGGAGACAGAAUGACCUCACCAGGCCCACGCUGGCAGAAUUCCCAAGAACUGCUGCAGACGUAGAUCAGCUUAGGAGAAACAGAAGGCAGCCCAGGCUGGCAGGUCCAGCGCCUGGUGUGGGUGAGGAGUGUGGCGCACUAUAGGGCGAAUUCUUCUCACCAGGCACGGGCCCUCAAACCCACUAAUAAUAAAGCCAGGGUAAGUGAGGACAAACUCUGGUGUUCAGA